CACCGGGCUUUUUGCAAUCCUCUUUUUUUGGGAGUCGUUCCCCAGGAGCAAAAGAGACAGUGGAGGAGGUACUUUCGCUCGCACUGCACGCACCAUGCAAAGCUAGGUACCCUACCUGACGGAGCAUUUUCCCAAGUCCCACGCCAACACCAAUUUUCUUCUCCUGCGUCUACGGUCGACUUCCCUCCUACCUUCCCAUCACCUUUCCCUCUUUUCGGUUCCUUCCUCCUUGCCCCUACCGAAACCUCCCACCUCUCCUCCUCCUCCUCUCCUUCCCCGAGUUGCUGCGAGGACAAAAGGUAUUUCGACACGAGGACCGGUCAAUUUCCUCCUCGUCUCCUUUUCUGCCCUUGCCUGCUUGUUGCCGCAACUUCCGCUUCGGUCUUUUUUGCUGUGCACUUCACUUUGCUCGGCACCUCUCCUGAAGCUUGAACCGGGAAUCACUCCCGUCCCCUCCCCCCGAGCAUCCGUCUUUUGUUCGAGUCAACCACACACCUACAGCUACUCGCCUGCUGUGUGGGAAACAAUUGUUUGGAGCAUCGGCUUGCUUUCUCCCAGGCAUCGCCUUAGCCAUUAUCCUUACCGUGCAGCCUUUCGUCAUCGGCCACGUUGUCGCCUUCCUGCCAAAAUGUCUGGUUCCCAAGCUGGUAACCAGCUCAACAUCGAUCGCUAUGUCGUGAUCCACGUCGCAACCACCUGCGAUGAGCAUGGAGUCUACGUCACCAAGGACUCGGCCGAGGUUAUUGAGCUCGGCUGGAUUCUUCUCGACGCCAAGUCUCUGGAGGAGAUCACCCGCGAGAGCGUUCUUGUCAAACCCAUCAACACUCCGAUCACACCCCUGUGCACGAGCUUGACGACCCUGACCUGGGAACAUGUCCGUAACGCUGGUACCUUCCGCGAUGCCAUUAACCGAUUCGACACCUUUGCCAACGAACACUUGACUUCGCAAAACCUCGAUUUCGUCUUCGUUACCCUCGAUGCUUGGGACCUUCGCGUCCAGCUGCCCCGAGAGGCCCGUGACAAGGCUGUCGUUCUGCCCCCGUACCUUCAGCACUCCCGCACGUUCGAUUUGCGAACCGAAUAUCAGAGAUGGCAGCAACACCACCCCGAAUCGUUGCCUUUUGGGCCCUCAAUGCUGUCCAAUAUCUGUGCCGCCUUGGAGGUGGAGCCGGUCCAGUCCAGUGCUCCAAUCAAGCACAACCUGCCUUUCCACCUUCAGGCGCUGGCUCCUGCGUCUCCUCGCCGCGCCAUGGAGGAGGCCGUCACUCUCGCCCGCGUUCUGCGAGGCCUCAUUCGCAAGUCGCAGCCUUCCCAUGAGCACCCCGACGUCUUGACGAGACCAAUGGAUGCUCGCGCCGAUGUGCGGGCUUUCUUGUCGGAGCGCAGCAAGGUUCUCCACAUGUCUGGCCUGCCCCACGAUACCACUCAAUCCGAGCUGGAGAGCUGGUUCACUCAGUUUGGCGGUCGUCCCAUUGCGUUCUGGACCCUCCGUACCCCUGAGCAGCACAAGCCCACCGGCAGCGGCUUCGCCGUGUUUUCUUCCCAUGAGGAGGCCGCUGAGAGUCUGUGCAUGAACGGUCGUGCCCUUAAUGAGAAGGCGAUCGAAGUGUCUCCGUCUUCCAGCCGUGUCCUGGACCGCGCCGCUGAGAUCCUCACCCCCUUCCCGCCCAGCAAGAACCGCCCUCGCCCUGGCGACUGGACUUGCCCUUCAUGUGGCUUCUCGAACUUCCAGCGGCGAACUGCGUGUUUCCGCUGCUCAUUCCCGGCUGUGAGUGCCGGACCCACCGGCGACAUGGGCUACGGCUACGGAUACGGACCACCGGCCAUGAUGCCCCCUCCUCAGCACCACCACGGACACAUGGGUCACGGUGGUGGUCGCAUGGGCGGCAGCGGCGUUGUGCCGUUCCGCGCGGGAGAUUGGAAGUGUGGCAAUGAGGUCUGCGGUUACCACAACUUUGCUAAGAACGUAUGCUGUCUGCGAUGCGGCGCCAGCCGUGCUGGUGCCGCCGUCGUCGCUGACUCUGGUGGCUACCCUUCCCCCAUGGACCCUCCCUCCAACUACAGCAUGAGCCAGGGCUCCAUGAGCGGCACGCCCGGACCUGGCCCCUUUGCCUCGGCCGGUGGUAACUUCGCCUCUCAGGGCGGCGGCUACGGUGGCGGUCAGCACUUCGGUGGCCCGCCCAGCACCUAUGCUCUUCCCUCGGGCAUUGGUGGCGGAGCUGCUCCCUACCCCUCCUCCCUCAACACGCAUGGUUUCGGACCGGCCCCUGGAUCCCACUCCGCCGGCCCCUUUGACAGCCGCGCUGCCGAGGCUGCCUUCCAGUCGGCCUCCAACGGCCCCGCAUCCGCCGGCCCUUCGAACAACUUUUACUCGCAAAACGAAAACGACCCCUUUGCGUUCCUUUCCAGCGGCAUUGGCGGUUUGUCCGUCAGCGGCGGCGAUGCCCGCCAGAACGGAGGAGCUGCGCCUCCGAGCAAGUCUCCUGCUUAAAUAACCACUUGGCUACAAACACGGGGAUCUAGGCGAGCUACAUCAGCCACCUUGGAUCUUUUUUUUUGAGGGCCUACUUAUUUCUGCGGAAACGAGCUUCGGAAACAAGACGAACAUAGAGCAUUGACCAUUGGCAAAUACCUUCAGGACUUACGCUUGCUUUCAACGGAAGGGGGUGUCUAGGUUUUGGAAGAUCACUUGGAAGGAGGUUGGCUGUCGGUAUACCAAGGGAUGCGGGAAAAAAAGUUUGCUAGGCUGGAAAGACAAAAAGAGUGUUACACUACCGGAACGGACGGACACCACUGUUGGAAUUGCUUUCUCCCUGACAAGCGUCAGUAUAAAAGGGCUGGCUAGUUAAGGAUUGUUGAUUACGGCCGACCUUGCCUUUGGUUGGACGUUGCGGUUGCGGUACGGUCGGAUUUUGGGCGGUCCAAAGGGGAGUGCAUAGCGAAGGGAGUGUAACGGGUAUACCUGGCCUUCAUUGUGUGUGAGACGUGUUGAUUUUUCAAUAUUUCUAGUUAUUUUUUCCCAGUCUAAAAGUCAUCAUCAUCGUGUCUGGUUUUCUCUUCUCUUUCGACAUUUUCCACCAUUUUCUGUCUCGUUCCACCUGGCCUUUCUUGCCCCUUUUCCCCUCCUCAACAUCAUCAUAUCCAUUUCCAGAUUGGCUUGGCAUGUACACCCUUUUCCACCUCUCUCUCUCUUCUCGACACUAAAAACAACAUAUGGUUUUGUUCCUAUACGGCGGAAAUGGGCGGCAGCGUCUGGGAGUCGGGGAGUGAAACAGGGUCCAGGGCAGGCUGGCUGGCUUUGGCUUUGAAAUAAUCUUUGCUCAUCUUUCUGAAAAAAUGCGAAUAUUGUCUUGUUUAUUGCUGUUGCUGUUGCUAUUGCGUCAAAGGCAUAAAUGGCGAUUCCUAUUUGACCCUGUGUUUUGUUGCUUGCUAUGUUGAAGAGAUGGGUGGCGAGAGAGAAAGACAAAAGUAUACUGACUUUUGCGGUUUUCGAUUUUAAUGCAUGUGUUUACCUAUGCUGUCUUGAUAUGUUUUCGGUGAUAGAAGGGAGAAAAAGAGAAGAAAAGCUCAGCAUGGUGUUCUGGCGCCUGCCUCUCUGGCC